AUGGUCGGUCCUUUCAUGCAGGGCCUCUUCUUGAUUGGCAUCAUCUACUGGUAUUCCAAGGGGAUGAUGUCCAUGAUCAACGACUACUACAGAAGUGAGUUCCAGCGGAAGUUGCAGGCGGAACCAGCGAAGACGAAGGCGGAGGCACCCAUCAAUGUGGACAACUUUAUGGAUUAUGUUAGGGAGUUGGACACUCCGGACGAGGUGGCUAGAAGCCCGGCGGAAGGAACUGAAUCUCCGCCUAUAGGAUACACCUAUUGCAACAUACUUUUACGAUUCUUGGAGAUUACCGGCACUCUGCCACCUUUUGAUGUUUGCCUAGUUACGAGCAACAUAAGAUAGCCCAUCCUAUAAUUAAUUAUAAAGUAUCAAUUAUACUUAGUGUAUUUUGUAUGAGUUUCGUAGAAUAAAGUAUGGUACUAAAAACCAUAUUGCAUA